ACGUUAGAAAAGACAUUACAUGAAUUGAUUCAACUUGUUAGAUUUCAUCAGAUAAAUCGUGAAGAGUUCAUGGAUGAAGUAUGGGUAUACAGACACCUCCUUUCUGAUGACCUAAUCGAGGAUAUAUUCCGUUGCUAUUUAGGUUCAAGAGCCGUACCACUCUAUCACGCAUUUCCAGUCAGACGUGGCAAUUUUAAAAUUGACUCAGUUAUUAUUAAUACGAAGAUUGCAAAAUUAUUUAUAAGAUGGAUAAGUGAAAAAACUUUGGAUAAUAAGAGUUCAAAGAAAGUUCCAUAUAAAUUUAAUCUUCUUUUUCGAAGUAGUAGAGAUGGUCUUUCAUCCUACACGUUUCAUAAAAAAUGCAAUAAUAAAGGGGCAACGAUUGUUGUGGCGAAAUUAGCAAAUUCAAAUAUGCUAGUUGGAGGUUAUAAUCCUCUUGAUUGGAAUGGAAGUGGUUUCAAAAAUACAACAGAUAGCUUCUUAUUUUCAUUAAAAGAUCUUAAUAAUCUUCCAAGCGCAAAAUUAAAACGC